GCUGCUGGAGCCGUCCGGCUGCCUGCGCGCUCCACACCGCGGCGCCCACCGCCCGCGGCCCCUCGCCCGCUGGCCCCGGACUCGCCGGCAGCGGGAGCGGCCUCAAGAUGGACCAAGACGGCGGCGGCGGCGAGGGCGGCGGCGUGCCUGAAGACCUCUCAUUAGAAGAGAGAGAAGAACUUUUAGACAUUCGUCGAAGAAAAAAGGAACUUAUUGAUGACAUUGAGAGACUGAAAUAUGAAAUAGCUGAAGUGAUGACAGAGAUUGACAACCUAACAUCUGUGGAGGAGAGCAAAACGACUCAGCGGAACAAGCAGAUAGCUAUGGGAAGGAAGAAAUUCAAUAUGGAUCCCAAAAAGGGAAUUCAGUUUCUAAUAGAAAAUGACCUUCUGCAGAGUUCCCCAGAAGACGUGGCCCAGUUCCUGUAUAAAGGAGAAGGCCUAAAUAAGACUGUCAUUGGGGACUAUCUGGGUGAGAGGGACGAAUUUAAUAUUAAAGUUCUUCAGGCUUUCGUUGAGCUCCAUGAGUUUGCCGACCUCAACCUUGUGCAGGCCUUGAGACAGUUCUUGUGGAGCUUCAGACUUCCCGGGGAGGCUCAGAAAAUUGACCGCAUGAUGGAGGCGUUCGCAUCACGCUACUGCCUGUGUAACCCCGGCGUCUUCCAGUCCACAGACACGUGCUACGUGCUGUCGUUCGCCAUCAUCAUGCUCAACACCAGCCUCCACAACCACAACGUGCGGGACAAGCCCACGGCCGAGCGGUUCAUCACCAUGAACAGGGGCAUCAAUGAGGGAGGGGACCUCCCAGAGGAGCUGCUGAGGAACUUGUACGAGAGCAUCAAGAACGAGCCGUUUAAGAUCCCGGAGGACGACGGCAAUGACCUGACGCACACCUUCUUCAACCCCGACCGCGAGGGCUGGCUCCUGAAGCUGGGGGGGCGCGUGAAGACCUGGAAGCGGCGGUGGUUCAUCCUGACCGACAACUGCCUGUACUACUUCGAGUACACCACGGACAAGGAGCCCAGGGGCAUCAUCCCGCUGGAGAACCUCAGCAUCAGGGAGGUCGAGGACCCCCGGAAACCCAACUGCUUCGAGCUUUAUAACCCCAGCCACAAAGGGCAGGUCAUCAAAGCCUGUAAAACGGAGGCUGACGGCCGGGUGGUGGAGGGCAACCACGUGGUGUACCGGAUCUCCGCGCCCAGCCCCGAGGAGAAGGAGGAGUGGAUGAAGUCCAUCAGAGCGAGCAUCAGUAGGGAUCCUUUCUAUGACAUGUUGGCCACACGGAAAAGGAGGAUUGCCAAUAAAAAAUAGAGCUUUCCUGGCCUGAACAGGUAAAAGAACCAAAACCCCACAGCAGAGAGGGACUGGGCCCUCCCCGGGACGCCCUGGACCCCGUGGGCGUCUCAGGAGGCAGUGCUCGCGCGGGCCACUGCUCUGGGGUCGCCCCGAGGCCGCAGGAGCGCGUCUGGGAUGUCAUCAGCCGGUGAGCGCCCGGAGCCCUCCCUCCUCGCCCAGCCGCCCGCCCGCCCACAGCAGAUGUCCGCCGCCGCCCUCCUCGCAGUCGCCGCCCGGGAGUCUGACUCCGGGUCGGUUCCGCCGCAGGGAGCCUCACUCCCACCAGUGUGGUGCCACGUGUGCUCAUCGUGGCGGUGCUGACCAUUCUAGAAGCCGCCGAUUUAUAGCAAAGCAGGAAAGGAAAAGCUACCACUUUUUUAUUCAGAGUUUUUUUCCUCAGAUGUAUACGAUUAUAGCUUUUAUAUGCCUUUUUAUAUUCUGAAAUUAUUAUGAGAGAUACUUUCUAACAGUAGUAUUUUUAGAAUGGCAGCUAUAAGUUUAACUCCUGGACACAAGUAUGUACUGUGCACUGAAAAAAAUGCUAUAUAUACACAUGUAUGCAGCGCCAGAGGCGGGCGGGCCGGG